UCAUCGUGAACCAUCAAACAAGGAAAGAUAAUUCUAUAAUCUAUAAUAAUUCCUUCGCGGACAGUGUCUUGGACUAUUCGCUUUCUUCGCCUCUACCGGACACGACUACGCAGCCACUAAGUGGGACAGGCGGAUUCAGCUGCGCACAUCUAGUAGCCAUCGGUGGUGGAGUACUGUCUCUUGGAUAAUCCGUGUUUCAAACUAGGAAGCGACACACGAACCACAGCAUCCAUCACAGUAGGCGAGCAAAAAGAGCAUACGAAACGACGCAUUUUUAAUCCUAAGCAACGGAACGAAGACCAGUAGUAGCGCAACGUCUUCGUCACCAUCGGCCGUUACGUGCGAGGUCGAUAACGAACAAAAUGCAGGUGCCUUGAUGGAGCGGAUGUCAGGUGUAUUGGAAGACGACGCGAUCUGGAGCGGCAGAUAACACCAUUCUCAAACCACACUACAAACAGAGAGAUCGAACGAGAGAAAACGAAAGAGACGCCCAACAUUCAUGGUCGAUAGAAACCGGUGGAUAGAGCGGGACCUCGAAAAGAGAACAUCGAAAUUGGUGCGAUAACGGCGUACGUUCGGAGUAGAAUAGGUUUCCCAGGUAACAAGGUAUAGUUCCGCUGCGGUAACGGAGCGACAGUUAGUACGUGUUAGAUUCGCCAUUAAGUUAGGUUAGGAUUUGUGUCCGGUGUUCUCCGUAGCCUUACCAGCAGUGGUGCUAGACAGCGACGAAUGCGACGGUAACAGUGCGCGCGCUAGUCGUGAGACGAAAGGUGGCCAGAGUGGCCACGGUGGGUGAUGAGGGCAAGGUGAAAAUUAUUAAAGGUGCUAACGGUGGAACGAGCAGCGUACGAAUUCGACAGGAAUAGUGAGAGUGAUCUUACAGCCCGAUACCAAAAGUAGACACAGACGGAAAGAAAGAUCAAAACCACCAGAAGGUGUUAAUAUUAAGUUUCAAUAAAACAUUUGCUACGCGCAGCGCACGGUGUCGGGCAACGACGCAACAAGGACAUAACAUCCAUCCGGCGAAUAGGUAUCAGAAUCGGAACAGAUAGCUAACAGACAGCCGAAAGUGCGAGACAGCGCGGGUUUGUCUUUUUUUUUAAAGCUGCAUAGACGAAAAGGUCGAAAAUGGAAAUUUUAGCAACAACGACAGAACGUUUAGCCACAACACUAGCGGCCACCGGUGCAAAUGGAACGCUUGCGUUGAACCCAUUGCAAGAUGGCGACGAUCAUGCCGAUCACGAAGAUGAUUCGCCAACGAUAGCCAAAGUAACGUCGAUGGUGGUACUAUUCAGCGUCAGCAUGGUAUGUGGCCUUGUGCCGUUCAAGUUGGUACGCUGGUUCAAUCUUAAUCCUGCCUCCCCGUCCGGUGGCACACAUCUGUUCCUUAUCCGACUGCUGCUAUCGUUCGGCGGUGGUGCCCUGCUCAGUACCACCUUUCUCCAUCUGCUGCCCGAGAUUAACCACUCGAUCGAAGAAUUGGUCGAAACCGGUGCCCUGCCCGAACCGGACGAUCUUCCCUUUCCGCUCGGUGAAUUCCUACUGACAAGCGGUUUCUUCAUGAUUUAUCUCAUCGAAGAGCUGGUACACUGGUGGAUGCAUCGACGUUCGGCAAUUGCACGGGCUGCCAAAGCGGAAAAGAGUGCCACCGCCUCCAUGGGUUUCGAGAGCCACCCAAAACACGACCUGGCGCACGGACAUGCGCAUGUCGGCAACAUCACCGCCGUCUAUCCGGUGUCCGAUAUGGACGGCGCACCCGCUCCAGUACCGAUCGAUGUACCGGCACCACCCGCUCCAAUGUCCAGCACGAACGGACCACUCCGGGGACUGUUGAUCGUGCUAGCCCUAUCCAUUCACGAGCUGUUCGAAGGGCUGGCAGUGGGUUUGGAACGGUCACCGUCUGCCGUAUGGUUACUGUUCGGAGCCGUCGCAUCGCACAAGUUUGUGAUCGCUUUCUGUGUCGCGUUCGAGCUGCUGGUUGCGGCCGUACAGUUCCGCAUUGCCGUCGCAUACAUCUUCGUCUACUCGGUCGUCAGCCCACUCGGCAUUGGCAUCGGAAUCGCGCUCAGCUCCGUCAACUCCGACACGAAUCAAACGAUCGAGGUCGUGUCGGUGAUACUGCAGGGACUGGCCAGCGGUACGCUGAUUUACGUGAUCUUCUUCGAGAUUCUGGCCAAGGACGCCGGACACAGCCAUGGUGGUGGUGGUGGCGAUGGAGGCGACAAAGAUGGACAAGGGCACGAUCAUCAACAUGCGGUAUCGCCCACGAACGGUCUGUGGCAGUUCUUGGCUGUACUGGCCGGCUUUGGUCUGCUGCUUGGCAUCAAGGCUGCAACCGGACAUAGCCAUGAUCAUAGUCAUGGAGGAGGUGACGAUCACGAUCACGAUCAUGACCAUUAAGCGUAUGGAAAGCGCGGAAUGGAUGUGAUUAUUUCCACUAAUGCCAUGAUGAUUUUAAUGAACAGGACGAACGUAUGCGAUUGGAAACUUUA